CUGAUGAAAAUUGUAGGCAAUGAAUUAAAAGCCGUGUGGGGUAAAAAACUUCCGGUUGUUGUUCCAAAGACCUCCAAUUAUCGAAGCAUACUGGAUAAAGCUGUUGAAAAAUACAAAGCAUUUGAUCGAAAGUUUGAUGACACCCAAGAACAUAUAUUGGUUUAUGAAGAUGGAAGUCAUGCUCAGCUGAUGCCUGGAACGAAAGAUUUUUUCCAACUUGACAAUUAUAAAGUUGAGAUAGGAAAAGAUUUUAAAAGAAUUACCAUGUACCUUUGCACCUUGGAAGACCACAAUAUUUCCGAAGGUAUUUUUGACCAAUUCAACUCCCACAAAGAGGACAAACUUUUUGAUACUAUGUAUGAAGAAGAUGAGUUUUAUCAGCAGGAUUCGAUUCGUGAAUUGUGCAACACUGAAGAAUCAGAGAGGGUAUGUGAAGAUGCAAAAGUUGCCCAGAAACUGCAAUAUCAACUUGAUACAGAAGCUUAUGCAUCUCCUCUAUUCAUUCACAAGAAUCCAGAAGCAGUCAGCUCAGUUUAUGAAAAAAUACUAAAAGAUCCCGUAGAUGUUGUCAAAAAACUGGGUGACAAGGUAGAUGCUGAAUUGGACCAAUUUUUCUUGGUAGUACGAAGAGGAAUCAGCCUGACAAGAUUGUUAUCUUUGUGGCAAAGGGAAGCGAAGAAAACCCCUAUUACAAGAAUUUUUAGAGUUCGCAUUAUUGGAGAGGAUGGUAUUGAUUCUGGUGCAAUGGCCAAAGAAUUUUUAGAAAAAGCUACCAGAGAAAUAGAAAAAAUAAUGUUUCCAGAUGGUUUUCCAGUUGAUUCUACUCUACAUGUCCAGAAUAGCAAUUACCAUACUUGUGGAGAGAUAGCUGCAGUAUCCAUGGCUCAAGGGGGGCCACCUCCAUGUUUCCUUGAUGAAGCUACUUUCGAUAUGAUGGUUAAGGGUGUAGAUAUUCACAACAUCAAAGCAAGUGAUCUGUCACCAAAAGAGCAUCAGUUAAUAAAGCAAAUUGAAUCAUCAUGUGAAGACUAUGUUGAUACCAUUCUUGAGCAUGGUUAUACAGGUCCAGUGAAUAAACAAAACAUUGAAGCAAUUGUUGGUUCAAUCAAGGUUAGUCUCCUGAAUCGUAGAACUUUGUAUAUGAAUGAGUUUCUUGGUGGUAUGAAAGCAUAUGGGCUACCUGACUUAAUCAAGAAUGACCCUGAAGCUUGCAAGCCACUAUUUGUCAAUGGCAACUUCAAGAAAACUUUGGAACCUGAUGCCAAUUACUUACUCUCCAUUAUAAAUCCUAUGUACUCAGAAGACGGUUCUUCUAGAAAGAAAGUCGAAGAAUCUAUUAUAGACUUUUUCCAGGAUACUUUGUUGUCAUUUGAUGAUGGCCGUGUAUCUGGUUACAAAAGUGCAGUUGCGUGGAAUUAUGAUCAUGAAUUGGGCAACUUGUCAGCAAAUCAAACAAUCCCAGAGAUUGAAUCACUCCCCUCUACAGAUAAUUUUGAAUCACCUGAUUUGUCAGUUGCUGGUAUCAUGCAAUGGAUUACUGGCCAAUGGCACAAACCAGUUGGAGGAGAGAAAUUUGGUAUAACAGUUUUGUUUGACCAUGAGUGCAUGCAGCGUAACCCUCAGCACACUGUUUGUUUCCCAAGAGUUGGAGCAUGUGCCAAAGAAAUUACAUUUCCAACAUGUCACAUGCAAACAGAGAAAGAAUUCAUUGAUUUGUUUUUACUUGCUUACUGCAAGGGACAAGCAUUUGCAAAGCCUUAGCAUGACAUCUGUUGUGUAAAUCUGUUUCUUAAAUAAGUCUUAAAGUUGGCAUUGACUAUGAGUUCUUAUAUCUAUAAACACACAAUAAGACACAUAAAGUGAUAUUGUUUAAUAUACGUUUGAGCUGUUCUUUAAUUGUUUUCGCUAAUUGUAGCUUUCAUGUAAAUAAAUCUGCCUAACUAAAAAUACUUAAUCUCCAUAAGCACCUUUGGAGAUAGCGACAAUGUUUUCAAAAAGUUCCAGCGCUUCCUCCAAUUUUAGGAAUAUUAAAUCUUUAUCAACCAUUACAUAUUCAAUGUAUUCAAAAUACAAGUUAAAGGUCUCCGAUUCAAUUAGAUGAUUUCUUGCAUA